ACUAAACAUUAUUGCAUUGGUACUAAACAUGAUUGCAUUGGUACUAAAAAUCGGUCUCCAGCUGAUCUCACCCAUACAACCGCAAGGGUAAGUGAAUCAUCGCACAUCAAAACAAAUCCAUUUUCCGACGGAGCCUGCCACAACACCACACAACUUUCACCAUAUGGAGCUGGAACAGCAAUUUCUGCAGCUUUCGACCAAGUUCCUCUUCCUGAACUGUGGCACCCAGAUUGCGGACUAUCGGAACGAAAUCAACACACUGCUGAAUGAGCUGAAUGGGUUAAAUUACCGCGCUGCAAGGAUCAGUGACGUGCGGUCUCCGGUUCGGCUGAUCGAAUCGUUCCUCAACAUUCCGGUGCACGAGGAUACGCUCGUAGUGAAAGCAUGCUUUCUCGUCAAAUCGCUUGUGGGCCGGCAGAAGAUUGUGCUCCCGGAAGCGGUCACGCUGAGCUUGAUUGUGUGGCUCCGAAAGUGUCUUGAGCGACGGUUCUAUCAGGUAGCGUGUGAUGUGCUGGGCACGCUGCAGCUGCUGUUCCGCCGGUGCAGUGAUAUUACGCAGCUACUCGAUUUUUUCAUAUCAAACAACGGAAUUCUAGUGAAUGUGCUGGCGGAUCCGGAUUACCGCCGGGUGGAACCGAGAACCGUCUCCUCGACGCUUCUCGACCAAUGCAGUCCCAGUGAGCUGUACCUGGCUGCCGUACUGUGCCUAGAAUCGAUCCUGAUCUGCUGCGAACCGCUGGGUGUUGAAGUUCUCGAACCCUACCUAAUCACAGUAGGCAAUGCGGUGCUGGAUUUGCUAUACAAAGCCCGCCCCGAGUCGUUUACCGAGCUCGCUUACUACAGCAUCGCAACAUCCGCUGUGAAUUGUCUAAGAAUUAUUGUUUCGCUGGAGGAACCGAACGAGUGGACAAGUGCCCAGCUGGGUCGACUGAUUGGUGCGGCCAAAGCGUUCAUAAUGUACGGCAUUCCGGAGGUAUCCAGCCUGGUACCUCAGCGUGUGCCUGUCUCACAACAGGGUAUACCAGAACCGCAGCACAUACCCAUCAGCAAGGGUGGAAAGACGGCCAAGACUCGCAAAACACGAACCCAUCCGAAGAACAAAAGAGGAGGAGCGGCAACAAGAAAUAGUGGCGCUGGCGGAAGCAGGGAGAAAAAACCGAUGGCCGAAGGAGACAUCAGCCGGCAACCAUACUCAGAGGCAAGCAUCGUGCUGGAGUGGUCAUCCAAGUGCCAGCCACCGAUGGCCGGUUGCUAUCAAACGAGCGAUUCGGAUUAUUCCGAAAACGAAGCCACCUCUUCCCGGGCACAGGUAGAACGGCAUCGGUCUGCAAAGCUAAGACAGGCGGCGUUGGUACUGAUAGGAACGCUAGCGCAGCACGUCGAAAAGCGCAUCAUGUUUGGCUACUGGCACGCUCUCUUUCCCGACGAAACACGCACACCGGCCACGGUAUCGCUGCUGAACUGUGUGCUACGCGAUCCGUCCCCAAAGUGUCGUAUAGCGGCCAUACAAGCCACAUCGUUCCUGCUCUACAAAUCGAAACCGUUCCUGAUACAGGCGGAAAGUAGCAAGAAACCGCUCGUUUCGUUCACCCCGUUCUCGGUCACACUCGGCAACAUGGUCAUCGAAAUGUAUGCCAUGCUCACGCAAGCGCUGACCCUCGAGAGUGAUCUUAGCGUGUUGACGCAACUGCUUAAGGGGCUUACAGUAUUCAUCCAGGCGACUCCAUUCCAUCGGCUGCGGCCAGGCAUCGCGACACGGUUCGUAAGGAUCGUGCGUCCUUUAGUACGACACCGGGACGCUACUAUAAAGGUGGCCGCUUUGAUGGUGAUGGGCUUUCUGAUCUCCGUACCGGACCUGACGGAAGAAAUCGCAGGUUUGGUAGGCAUAAAACGGUUGGCCCAGACACCGACCGGCAAUGUGGCACGCAGCAAACCAGUGUCAAAGGCCUUUGAUCUGGAGCUAAACCAGGAGGAAAAUGAGGAAGAGGAAGCGAUGGAAUCCGAUCCGGAAAUGGAUGGUGGCUGUGCCGUGAAUGCAAAACUCGAACCGGCUAAUGAGAGCGACAGUACAGAGGAAAACAGUAUGUCCUGGUUGCUUCAAGUAACGUUGGAAAAUUUGGGUGUAAACGGUGUCGCUAGCUCCGUUAUGCCUGUCCGGAUGGAAUGUUUGCAGGUGUUGUGUGCAAUGGCCAGUCACUACUCGCUGCUAGCCGAUCAUCUGUCCGUGGUAGCGCAGGCGUUGGUGAAUGCGUUCAGCGAUCCACUGCCGGAGAUAAAGCUGUAUGCCGGGCGUCUUUUGGAUCUGCUCGGGCAUGCCAUACACACGGAACUGCUUUUACAGGAUAAAAUCGAUCCAGAGCAGCUUAAUGUGGCCCUCCAGUUUUGGACCAGCAUCAUCCCGACCGUAACGGAGCAGAUACAAGACGUGCAGCUGGUUGCUACGUUACGCUCCGUGUGCUGCGAUGCUCUUGGAAAUGUUGGUGUGCACGUGUACGAGAAGUUCCCGAGAGGUCGGCAGCUGGCACUAAUAUCCUUGCUAACCGGCUGUACGUUUGAUGAUGAUAGCGCUGUGUCUUCGGCGGCCGCUCGAGCCCUCUCCGUGUACAUUCUGUUUCCAUCGUUACGGGACGAUGUGUGCUACGUGGAAAACACGAUCGAAUCGAUACUGAGGAUCAUGCGUGAUCCGAAUCUUACGGCACGCAUUAAAACUAGCUGGUCACUGGGAAAUGCGACCGAUGCGCUCAUCCUGAAUCAGCAACAUCAUCUGCAGCUUACUCAUCACGAAUCAUCACACGAUCAGCAGGGAUAUUUAAAGAUCAGCGAUGAACUGUUGCGACGCACUCUGGAGGUAGCGCUUGAUUCGGCUAAGGACAACGACAAGGUGCGCAGCAAUGCUGUACGCACGAUAGGCAAUGUGCUGCACCUGUUACGGCCAGCCCAGCUGGAACAGCCCACCUGGAGCCCUCUAUGCCAGGACGCCAUUGAGCGAUUAAUACAGAACGUAACCGUCUCGAGCACCGUCAACGUAAAGGUGAAAUGGAACGCUUGUUACGCGCUUGGGAAUAUGAUGAAAAACGAAACCUUUUUCCUGCCUAGCACCUCUUGCGGUGCCGCCGGUACCUGGGAACGGCGCGUGUUCCCAGCACUGUGCGAGACGGUCGUCGCUUCACCCAACUUUAAGGUUCGCAUCAAUGCCGCCCAAGCGUUGACGGUUAUUGGCAAACGGGAGCAGUACGGUGCCUUUUUCCAACCGACUUGGCUCGCUCUUUUACAAGCACUCGAGCAGUCGGACAACUUGGUGGACUACAACGAAUACAAACGAAGAGAUUCGCUGCAGGAGCAGCUGUGCCUUGCGCUGGCCCAUUUGUUACGCUUAGUGACGAAGGAGGAUGUAGUGCCGAUGGCAGGCGUGCUCCUGCCACUGUACGAUGCAGUGCGAGGGAACUGGGUGCGUGUGAUAAGUCGCAUACUGCCGGAAAAGAGUGCAGCGCUGCUCGAGUCUUACCGUGCGCUGUUGGAAAAGCGAAAGUCCAGCAAAGGAGAUGGUGAGUCGAUACCUGCCUCAUCCUGGGACCUGUUACUCAAAUGCUUCACCGAUUCGGACGUUUGCUGAACAGCGUUCAUCUGGCGAAUAAACCGGUAUCCCCGUCGAUGAAUGCAAAGGACGACUCGAUGUGUGAAAAAGAA